AUGCCUCAGCAACUUUCUGCUUUCAUCAACUUUCUCAGUGAUGGUCAGUGAUCGUGAUCUGGCCUGUUGCUUUAUUUUGAGCUUUUAUUUCAUCCCUGACUAACUAGUUUGCUAUUCAAAUAAGAUCACUCUUAAACGUUUUCCGGGAUUUUGGGCGCCAGUGCUCCGUUAAUAUGGCUUCAGAACGCUGUAAAAAGACACGAGGGACUUUAAGGUCCAACGAAGCGACGGCAACGAGAACGUCGCUCAAAAAGUGAAUUUGCGUUCUUUCAAAUGUAGGCGAAGCCGCCUCAAGUUGAAUUUCAAGGGACCAUAUCCAAGUUCAGAAAGAGAAAUAAAACUUCGUCAUUACUUGUUUACGUUCUCCAUAAAUGGCGAAAUUAGGCAUUCUUACGUCGUAGUCGUGCAAAAAUGGCAAAGAAAUGCACAAAAAGAGUGAUGCACGUACAAAGUUGUUAAUUGCUUAUUAAACCGCUAUUGCUUUUUUUGACGUUCUCGUUGGCGUCGCGUCGCUGGAUCUUAAAGUCUUCAAGAAAAAACUUUUUAAAGAAACAAAAUUCUGUGUAAUUCUAAAUUUAAAUGAGUCCGGACGAAAUUCAGGGUGUGUGGUCAUUUAAAUGAAACGGCCUCUUCAACAAAACUUUCAAAUGUCAGUAUUACAUACUUAGAUACAUUCUACCUUUCACGUUAAUGCCAUUCGUUCAAAUAAAACCUCUUCAGCAGUAAAGUAAUUUCACAUAGUCCUUUGGUAAUUUACGACAGGCGAAAUUAUUUAAUUUCUUGAUUUUGAUUUAAGGCACUAUUGAGAAUGAAAAGCUGAAUUAUGAAAUUUUUCAGCGUUUUCUACAAAUCAAACAACCACGUAAAACUGCCGUGUCUGGUGAUUUUCGCCAUUUUUCCCAUUUAAAGCUUAUUUUCAUUUUAAAAGCAGAUGUUCUUCUAAAAAUCAACAGAAAUCUCAUUCACAUUCAUUGAAAUCUAUCCGACCUAUCCACAUCCCAGUCUGUCCAAGUCUUAGCUUUUGUCUGUUGUAAAUGCAAACUAAAAGUUGUGUGUCCUUUUGAUAUACUUUUUCUUUUUGUUUGUCUCCUAAAAAGAUUUGGCCUCGCCCUUGACUAGUCAGACCGUAAAUCAUUUUGCCAGGUUUCUCGAAGAGGCGGUCUCGCGCAUCGGGCGCUAUGACAUUGAUUUAUAGCUUGGGAUUGCAAACUGAAAAGGGUGUGAAAUAAUUAUACAAAAGGUGAAAGACUGUUUGUCGAGGGGCUUUUUUUAGUAAAUAAAACUCCAUUUACCCGUCCAACCUUGAGCAUUCAUUCGUUCAGUAAUCAUACAAUGAAUACAUAAUUUGGUACAAGAAAAUUUCAAAAAAUUAUUUCCAAACAGUAAAUAUAAUUCGGAAAUAUAGAUAGAUCACACAGUACAAAUUACUACCGGCAGUUUGUGUCCUAGAAAACAGAGAGAUUCCAUGAUUGUAAUAAUUAUCUUUGACAUUCUUUCACAGCCGCGAAUCGGCGUUUUUGUAAGGGAAACGCUUAUAUUAAUAAACUAAUUUAUAUAGUAACAGCUCUACCCCCUUUAACACAAUAUGAAUUGUGAGACUUGUUAGAUAGGAGUAUUCUUAAUUUUCUUUUACUUCUUUUCCUGUUUUAUAGAGAAGAGAAAGGGCAAAAUGAGCACGAACUCUACUGGAGUAAAUGGUACGUGAGGAGAGUUAGCUAGAGGAAGAACGAGAAAUUUGUACAAUUCAGAAAGGAAUCAAAACGUUUCGUUUUAUUUUUUUUCUUUUUGGUUUUGCUUUUCGUUUUUUGUUUUUCUUUUUUCAAAUAAUCAAAACCCAAACUUUUCAAGCAUCACAGCUUAUGUAAGUGAAAAGAAAUACUUUUUAUUUCAUUAUCGUUUAAUGAAAAGAGCGAUAAAGUAGUUAACACAGAGAUAAAAUGUAUGGCAUCUGCUGGUUAAAGGCCAUAAUGUUCACCAUCACCUAUGACAUUCAGCAUUUUCUAUAUCAACCGAGCCCUUAAAGUCGUACGCAAUGUACCACCAAAUAACAUUGUAGGUAUGGACCCUCUGGAGCAUUCUAUCGGGGGCGCAGCUACAAAUGAGCAUUGUGAUAUAACAUUGGAAUGCUCUUACUGACAAUAGGUCCCAAACAACAUCGGCUCUUAACAAAAGGCAGAGCCGAUGUUGACCCUAGCAACUCUUUUGUUACGUUGUGACAAGUUGGGAAGAGUUAAAAUUUCAUCGUCUAAACUUUGAAAGGCAAGAUCUCUCAGGUGAUAUUUUUUUUCACUGCCGGAAUACUUUACGAGAAGACAUAACGAAGCGGCUGUAUAUGAGUAUACUUUUAAAUUUGCUGAUUCUGAUUCGCUAGUUAAAGGGUUUUUAGGUUAAUAAGAGAAGAACCUUUAUGGACGCGCAUGCGCGUUUCGCUAGCUAUUUGCUUUUUUCCUUUGGGUAGUUUGCGUUGAGAAAACUUAAUAGCGAAGAGAAGUGUGACGUCACAAAAAUUCAAAUUGGGGAAAUUAUGGGAUUGGUUAAAAUAUUCAGAAAGAAAAAUAUGUAAAAAGCCUCCUUGCCAAAAAUCAGCCUGUUUGAGCGGUGCGGAGACGGUAAGCACCGGUUUGCUCUGAUGAAUCCAUAUAAAUGCUUCUAAAAUUGGCUUUGAUCGAAACGUCAACGAUCCAGGCCUAUGUUUAAGAAGGAUUUAUAUUGAGUCAUCAGGGCAUAACUUUGCUUAUAUCUCUGCAGCCCGGGGGGCCCCCUGUUUCCGUACCCAUUUGCACCAUUAGGCUAAUUUUUAGCAGGUGAACAUUUUUCAUCUUUCAUCUUUUUCUUACUGGAUAUGCUAGAGGGUCUCAAUGGGGUUUAACCAUCAGUCGUAAAAGGGCCUAAAAUUUAAUCGUCAACCGUCAAAAAUGCAGACUGACAUUAACCGCCAAAAAGUUUUAAGGCACCUGAGAUCUCACUGUUUCAGAGGUCUUCACGGAGAAUCUCAAAACUGAAAAAACCAGUUCCUACGUUCUCAAAAACGCACUCUCUAGACAUUACAAAACCUUAGAAUUUGCUUAUACGUGAAAAUAUUUCGAAACUUAUUAGUCUAAGGCCAAGACAACCUCCAAAACCGAACCAGUUUAUUUUAAUUUAUGCCGGAGUAAAUUUCCACUUAAAAACCGUUCACCGUCAAAAGCUCUAAAAUUUAACCGUCAAAAAUUGACCGUCAAAGCGGCCACCCCUUUGAGACCCUCACGGCUAACCAAUCGUAAACUCACAAAUCUAGUUUUUGUGACGUCAUCGCUUCUCUUCUCUAUUGAGAGGCUGUGAACAAUCUGUAGGCACCUUUUCCUUCUCUCCCGCUGAAAUAGAGCGAUCUAUUACUCAUUCCGUAGGUCUGACCUUUACUUGUCUUAUCUUUCUGUUUUAGGAACAAACAUAACCACUGCAUCAAGCGGGGGCCCCAACCCACAACAGUCCACUGGCGGCAUUCCAAUAAAUAUUAAUGUAAAGAUUGGCCUUACGACAGCAUAUGCGGUCAUUUUCCUCGUAGCUCUGAUUGGUAACUCUUUUGGUCUGUUCGUGGUCUUGAAGAAAUCUUCAUCUCGCAGCGUGACAAACCUGUUCAUCGCCAACAUGACCGUUGCAGAUCUGCUGCUAACUAUCACGAUUAUGCCGUUUUCGGUCGCCUAUUUGUACCGUGACACUCUUUGGAUCGGGGGAACGUUGGGUAGCAUUACUUGCAAAGCGUUGUUUUAUGUCAUGCCAGUUUUUAUUUCCGCGUCUGUUUUCACGAUGAUGCUGAUUUCGUUUGACAGAUUCUACGCCAUAUUUUUUCCUUUGAAAGAGAAAUUCUUCCAAAAGCCAAAAGUCUUGUCAGCAAUUAUAUGGAUCUUAUCUUUUGGGUUAAUGACCCCUUAUGUUUUAAUGUUUCAAACAAAAGAGAUACAACCAGGCGUAUACUAUUGUUUACAGGAGUGGCCAUGGGCACCACUAAAUGACACAGACUUGAGCGAAACAUAUAGAGUGCUAAAGAGCUUCCACAUCUGCGUUUUUGUCAUAGUAUACGCGUUACCUCUCUCCAUAACAAUAAUCAUUUACUCCUUAAUUUGCCGAAAAUUGUGGCUACGUAAGAUUCCAGGGAAUGUAACAGAUACCAACCUCGCUGCUGCUGAAAAAUCGAAACGUAAGGUAGUUCGACUGCUGGUCGUCAUAUGCGUGGUAUUUGCAGUCUGCUGGUUUCCAGUCUAUGUGAAUCAUUACUUCUGGUACGUACGACCUGAUCAAUUUGACAAGUUGCCAAUGGGAGUUCAGUUGCUAUUCAGCUGGAUAGCACAUGCCAACAGCGCUUUAAAUCCAUGCCUUUACAUUCUGCUGAAUGAAAAAUUUCGCAAGGCGUUUCUUGCAACCCUAAGCUGUUGCCCUGGUCUAAGCAAGUACCGGAAAAGUUCGUGGCAAUUUGGAUCCUCAAACAACGAUUGGAACGAAACUAGGACAAGUAUUUGGAGGAUUGUGACAGUUGCCGGUCGUAAAUCGAGUGCUUAUACAUUACCACAAAGCCCAACGGAGAACAAAUCUGGGCAUACAAACUUAUCGCUAUCUUUGAUGAGUGUCAAAGGUGAUCGCUCGCCACCAAAUAGUCCAACUCAGACGUCCCAGAACAAUAACGCGAAAGAAACCAAGGAUAACGCCGUUGCUGACGCAAUCCAAGUGUAG